AUGUCCGAGGCGCACUCCUCCUCCACCGUCACCUCGCACGCUGCCUCCGCCUCCUCCUCCUCGGACGAUGACCCCCCGCCAGACCUCCACGCCCUCCUCCGGAAGAAGGGCCGCAAGACCCGCCUCCCCGUCAGGAGGAUGUUCGUCCUCCGCGCAGGCACGCUGUACAACUUCCGUAACCCCAAGGCAGACGCUCCCAGCUGGAAGGUCGCACUCGCAGGCGCUGUCGUCGGCCUCGACCCGCGUACCCUCCGCAUCGUCGUCCUGCUCAACCCGCACCGCACACUCGUCCUGUACGCAGACUCGCCGCAGCAGGCCUCCCAGUGGACAGAGGCCCUGGCAAGGGCCGCCGCCUUUGAGAGGGGCCCGGACACCAGCACCACCUCGAGGGGAAGCUCGGGGAGCAGCACCGCCUGGGACGCCGACACCGCCAACAACAACAACAUUGCUGAGAUCCGCACUAUGACUAGUUUUGUCGACGACGAGGACAGUGACUGGCGGAAGGGCGCGCGCCACCCCGAUUUUGGCCUGCCGCCGCAGGACUUGGCGCUGGAUGUGCCGGAGAAUGACAACUGGGACUCGUUUAGGAGCUUUGCCAAGCUGCACAUCCGCACGGCCACCGGCCCCGACGCCAUCAGGGAGAGGGUUGCAAUGGGGUUAGCCCAACCGCGCUACGGUGACGCCGUCGCCUAUGCUUGA